AACAGCUUUAUUUUUGCAUUUUUAGAAAAGUGACAAAAAUGAUGAGCCGACAAAGGCAACCAACGGCGAUGCAGUGGCGCCGUUCAGUACAGCAUCAUCUUUGAUACGCAGCGAGCGGUAUGCAACAACGAGACGUGCCGUCGCAAAAUGUUCCAUGGUAUUCAGGGAUACAUUUGAAGAAGCGCGAGUUGAUCCUCAGGAACUCAUCGAAACGCCUUUGACGUUAAUUGUGCAGCAGCCGACAGACAUUCCAACCGAGCCACGACAACUGGAACGUGGUUUUGCGGACACCGCCUUGUCACAUAGCUAA